ACGUCGCACCGGAACAGCUCCGGCAGGCUGUCGUGAUCAUGGCGGAGUCGCAAGAUUGUACGAUGUUGCAGGACAAAUUCUACGAUGACCCAUCCCAGCUUUCCCAGCUGCUCCGCCAGCGGGCAGGCAGCCAGUUUGCCAUCCACUCCUUCGAUUCGACCGGCCAGCACAUUGUGACCGCAACGCCCACAUUCCCUUCGCAGCGACUGCCUAGCCCACAGCGCGCCGCCACGGCGCUUUCGCUCUCUCUUUCACCGACGCGUGCGGCAGCCCGACGCGUCCGAUUCGACUCGCGACAUGCCACACCGAACCUCCACAAACACCACUCGGCACCGGUCAGCACUAGGGAGUCGAUGAGGGAGAGAGAAGACGCGCGCAAACCCUACCAGUCGUUCAACGGCGCCAUGGACACUCCCGGCGACACGCAGGCGGAUCCUGAGAUCUUCAAGGUCCUCACCAGCGGGAUCUACGGUAGCAAUGGCAUGCUUGGGGCCGCGUUCGAGCCCGUCGCUCCUGUGACCGACGGGGACAGCUCAGAAUCAGCGAGAAAUUACGCGACUGUCUCAAGUCCAGAACAGCCCCGCGAUGGCCUCCCCAGUCCCGUCACGAUGGAUGACGAUCAAGACACGCAACUUCGCGCUCAAUACGCAGAGACUAGUCCUCUCAAGCUCUUUGAGACCCCGGCAGCCUAUCCAAGCAGGAAGCGGGACAGCCAGGGCCAAGUGCUGAGCUCGGCGGCAAGGACGAACACAACCCCGGGCACCGUAUUGUCAGCGUCCGCGUUCUUUGGCUUUGGUGAAGACAAUGGCAUGUCUCUUACCCAAGCUUUCAAUGCUACACAGGCAAAGACGUCUCCCGCCGUUGGCAACCCGAACGACGAUGUCGUCUUCCAGCGGCCUUCUCCAAACUUCACGCACGCGCGGCAUUCAAGCGCCGACGCCAUGAUGUCUAGUCCAAUUAAGCCACAUAAUCGGAAGGGGCCCAUGAGUGAUGUAAUCAUGCGAUCUUCUAGUGAACCGAGGGCUGAUUACGAAUCGAUGAAGCAUUCGCAGGCGCGGCGGAACCAGGAGCAGGCGGGUGAGGAUGUCGACUAUGAAGAGCAACAGGACAGCUGGGAACAACCCACGGAUAUCGGCAAGCAUUACGCCAGGCUGAAAGCGAAAGAACGUUUCGAACAGGAAGCCGCUAAAUCCCUGGCAAGCGUCUCAGCUCCAAUGCCUUCAGAGCGCCGGUCGAAGAAGCAUGACCUGUCAUUCAUGAGGGCGACGGCCACUUCUCCAGACAAGCCUAGUAGAAUGGAACCGACUCAUCAUAAUGGUCCUUACGACGGUGCCGGUGUCGAUGCGCCCUACGAACUGUCCCAACCUCUACCUAGAAAUGAUGGUACGGAUCAUUCACCUGAUCAGCUGUCUCGUGAUCUUUUCACCCGCCGCUCCGCACCGGCCACCGCAAAGAUGGUAGCUGGGGUCGAACAACGUGUUCAAGUACCACAUACAUCUUCUCAUCCGGCUUACAUAUUUUCCGAAACCCCUUCGCGCAAUCCUUCUCAACGAGACCCUUCCCCAUCCCAACCGCAGCCUGAGUCUCAGAGCCGGCCCUCUGGGCCCCAACCUGCGCCUAAAAGCCUCUCGAGGCUCCGUAGUAGCAGAGAAACGGAAGUCGUUAUGGACUCGCAGCCGGAGCCGGCUGGUAGUUUUGGUGCUUCACAACCUGCUCCACUAAGGUUCCCAUCCUCACCUUCGACCAACCAGUAUAGUAUCAACCAAACAACGAUGCUGCCGAAAUCGGCGCUGGUCAGCUCACCCAUCUCAUCGACUGUUCCGAUGCCGCCGAAGUUGAGUUCCCAAGAACUUGGCAUGACCACGGGUAACGGUGGUGCGGCGGUCGAUGGAACCGAGGAAGGCGUUCCCAGUAGUCCCCCUUUGAUCGCGCAAGACGACGACAUCACCUACGACGAGCAUGCAUACGAAGAAGAUUCGGACGUCGAACCAAAGGAACGGGACGCUCAGAUCAGCGAUGACGACAUGAGAAUGGCAGAGGCUGACAGCGAUGAUGAAUUACCCACACCGCGAAAUGGGCCCAACAAUUACGCCGAACUAGCGCACGAAGACGAUGCAGAAGGCGAAGAGCGCGCCGAAAGCACCCGCAAUGAUGAUGAAGUGCCUGAGACUAUUGAGGAAGAGCUUGAACAAGACGUAUUGAUCCGCUCGACUCACCCUGGACAUGGCCAUCAAAAGGAUGCAAACACUUCAAUGGACCCUCCACGCACCAAUCCGCAAUCGACUGUUCCCGAGACCGACUUGCUCGAAGAUACCCAACUUCCGGUAUUCCCGGAAGCAACAGACGACACACAGCUCGACUCUACCGAGGCAGCUACCGAGGGUCCUGUGGCUGGGAUCUGGGACGGUGAACAGGAUGACCACGUUGGCCAUUUCCGAAAGAAGAUCAAUAAGAAUGAGCUCUUCAAUACUGUGAAGGAGCAUGAGUCGGCAUCACAAACUGCCCGUAAAGUCAACAGUUCCAUGGAAGAGAGUGUGAUCGCACCUUCUCCGGCACGUUUCAAGGGUCGUUCAUUGCAGGACAUUGCGAACGAUCCAGGCACACAACAAUCUAUCGACCUUGAAGGAGUGGAACUGCCGCACCUGAGCUUUGAAGAGGAUCCGGACGAUCCACUGGAUGCAAUGAUAGCGCGAGAAUCACCGUUCAAUCCGCAGAAGAAACGCCGGACAACCUAUAGUACGAAAAAGGCCUUCCGGAGCCCAAUCAAGGAGACGGACCCUGUCUCCGAUCAAUCCAGCAGUCCGUCGCACCGCAGCAUCCCACACGUAGCGGGAUGGUCUCCUCCGACGACCCAGGACCGCGAAGCACAAGGAGCUCAGGCCGCGUCGCGUGCUCGAGCGGAAGCUGGCAUUACUCAAUCAGCAAUGUUGAAGUCCAAGACACGGUUCAAGCCAAAUCAGCCUCAAACCCCCCGAAAGGGUGCCUUGAAAACCGUGAACAUGGCGUUACUGUCAAAGUCACCAGGCAGGACGCCACUGAAGACAACGCUUCGAGGCCAGACUGCAAAUAAUGAAACGACACCUACUAAGUCUACACAAACACUCAAUACCGAUGUUGAGAUGCGUGACGCAAAUGAUCUCGAUGCUGAAGACGGACCUGUGCCAGAUGCUAACAUCCCCAGCAUCGAACCUGUAGAUGGGGAAGGACCAGAUGAUUUUAUCGGAGAUCCAUCAGGAGAGCCUGAUAUGCCUGAUCGUGUCUUCGCCCACUGGCCCAGCAUAGGCUAUUGUCCUGCAACGUGCGUUGGCCGUGUGGACUCGCAUCGUCUUCGUGUCCGCUUCGAUGAUGGCACACACCAUGACUUGGAAUCCAUGCAAAUCCGUGCUCUUGAUCUGCAUCCGGGGGACCAUGUCAAAAUCGACAUUCAUGGAAUGAAGAAGCUAGCGUACGUGGUCAUUGGCUUCAAAGACAAGGUCGAUCUGGGAGACGGGGCGACGGAAUAUCCAGCGACAACUCGCCACGGUUAUGCAACGAUUGUCGCGGAAGAAAAGCAACGCGAUAGCCUUCCUGCCGAUGCACAGUCACGAGCCAAAAUGCACAUUGAUGUCCCGGUAGCUAACAUCUACCUUACCGCACAAUUGUGGGCUCGGUUGAAGGAUAGAACAUUCAAGUACAACAAAGCUGUCAGUCCUGCUGGCUCAGCUUCGCGAGUUGGAACGCCUCGAGUUGUUGGUUCUGCUAUCCCACUCUCAACAGUGCUUCGAAGGAGCACUGCUGGACCCUCUCUACUUCGAGACUCGACUGCUCACGCAUCUUCGGUGGCGUCCUCAACUCGCUCCUCAAGCGGCAACGUCUUCCUUAACAUGGCAUUCGCUGUAACUUCUACGAGCAAAGAAGUCAACAAAGACGACAUCAGCAAGCUCCUCAAAUCUAGUGGUGGGUUGGUCCUCGAAGAAGGCUUUCACCAUUUGUUCGACACAGAUUCAUACAACGCGCCUAUGUCUUCGGAUGGCUCCGCAAAUGCACCUUCCGCAUCAAUGCAUGGCCUAAAGCUGAAGCGUAAGCAUGAGGAUCUACGAUUUGUGGCGCUCAUUGCACAAACACAUUCGCGCAGCCCAAAGUUCCUUCAAGCGCUCUCUUUGAAUAUCCCCUGCCUGCAUCUUCGCUGGGUUCACGACUCUCUAGCGGCAGGUCAUGCUUUGCCGUUCGGAAAGUACCUCCUUCCUGCUGGCACAUCGACCUUCCUGGACCCUGCAGGGGUCGUCCGCUCUCGUAACAUGCAGACAUACGACCCGACUGCCGAAGACGUUACUUUCAUACGAAUGGUCAAGGACCGCCAGCUACUAUUUAGCGACGAGUCUGUCUUAAUUGUCAGCGAAGAGAACGAACAGGAGCCAUACAUUUUCCUUACACAUGCCAUGGGAGCCACCGAGGUUGGUCUGUGCAGCGACCUCGAGGAAGCAAAGGAAUCUGUGGACACCGGAGCAUGGGAUUGGGUAUACGUGGACGGUAAACCCGAUGCGCUUGCCGAUGCGGCAGCCCAGAUAUUCAGCAGCAGUGCUGGCAAUACGCUGCGCAAGAAGGCUACCAAGAAGCGCAAGAGGGACAGUGAAACCGUGAAGGCAGAGGCGCAGACGCUCGUUCGUACAGGCUUCGUAGGCGAGAAGAAAGUCAAGGUGGCAUGUGGUGAAUUUGUGAUUCAGAGCCUCAUACUUGAGAGUUUAAUCGAGGAGUAGGGCACGGCGUAAGAUGGAUCUCCGGGCACGAUGGACAUGGGCGAUUCUGCAGAAUGGCGUUUUCGAGGUAUGUAAGCAUUUGGUAUCGGCGUACUUUUAUCGCUUCGGCGUUUACGGAACAGGGGAGUUAUCCACUACUCAGAUACCACGGCAAAAUGUUGGGCGUAAGGGAUGUAUCUCAAGAACCACAGCUCAAAACUUGUACAGAGGCUUCAGCUUAAGCAGCCCGACCUAUACUGGAAUGA